CGAUGUUCACGUCUAUUCGAAACGAAAGUCGCUGGUAAAUGAUAUUAAACAAACCUAACCGAACUGCAUAUAUUUGUUUGUUUAUUACAUGAAAUAAUUUAAUUGUUUCAUUUUAGUAUAUAGUAGGCACACCAUUCCUGAUUAUUAUAACCCUAUCAUAAUAUAAACUAUUAUAAUGUUAUACAACACGUUCAAAAUAAAUGAAGCGUUUAACUUCCUUAUUUGUAAAAAUAAACUAGUAUGAAAAUACCAUGUGACAUUAAUAAAACCAUAUAUCAUAUUGUAUUUCAACAUUCUAUAAAUAAUGCUGAUAAGACUUGCUGUAUUUACGUGUAAAGAACAUAUAGUACAAGAAGUCAAUUCAAAUUGAAGCAAUGCCACCCGCAAUGCUAUUUAGAAGAAUUGUGGUAGAUUAUGACGUUCUUUUCAUUAUCUUUAUUGCACGCGCGAUACAUUUAUUAGGCACCUUCAAAAUUGAAAAUGUCAUGAUCGAAAAUAAGAUUUCAGCGGACAGGCUUGAUCCCGACUACCUGAUGGAUAAGGAGCUGUAUUCCCUUCUGGAUAGCCGUGGGGAAGUUUAUCGACGAGGUGCAGAUCGAAGUCGACUGGUUACAUUAGCCAAAACUAAAGUUGUCACUGAAGAAAGUGUGCCUCCUAAGCUAGUUGAUCUAGAGUCCCUGAUCAUCUCUGAUCUAAAACAUCUGCUAGAUCAGAGAGGCAUAAUGUAUUACAGUAGGUCAACAAAACAUGACUUAAUCGGAGCUGUUAAUAUAUCAGGCCCAGUUACUAUAGAGGCUAUUGACCACAUGAAACAGAUGGGAAAAUCAAAAAUUGGACCAGUCCAUGAAUUUAAUGCUUUCAACAUCGAAGAAACUGUAGAAAAACACAAUGAUAGUAUAUUCCUCAUAAACAUAUUGCCUCCGAGAUUAAAAUCGUCAUAUUUCAAAGAAUCAUCAUGGAAUGCUCUCAGACGAAAACUAACACACAUGGACUUCAAAUUUGGAGAACUUGACUGUGACUUUGAAAAACGCAUUUGCCUGAAAAGGAAAUGGAAUAUUUCAACACUCUACCUGCACACUCCAGGCAAAGACAACAUCACAGAAUAUUAUAUCAGAGAUGACUAUAGUAUUCACGGUAUAUUUUUAAGUAUUCAACAAGCGAUAAAUUAUAGAAUUCAACCUAUCUCAUCAUGGGAUGUAUUUACGUCAUCAAAAUGGGCGUUUUAUCAUGGUUCUACUGAUAAAAUUGCAGUAAGAUUAAUUCUCUUUACAAAUAUGACGGUACCACCAAUGUUUUUGUCCUCAUUAAGCGUUAAAUAUCGUGAUAAAGUACGUUUUGGAAUGGUCAACAUGGAGUCCAAUAAAGGUAGGAGAAUCCUGAGAAAGUUAAAACAGAAAUACUGGCCACUGUGCUUAGUCGUAACAAAACAAGGUAUAUUGACCUACGGAAAUUUACCCGGAGAAUAUUUUACAUAUCGUGAAUUAGACUUUUUUAUUUCUAAUUUACUGCACGAUUUUCGGCCGUCAGAGAUUUGGUAUCACAAAUUAUCAAUUUUUCUAGACCCAACAAUGAUAGGGUUACUCAUAAUUCGAUUCUUAGCAAGGCUUGUGUUACCCAGAUUCUGGAUCAUGAACGAGGAUGGAAACCAAGGCAAUCAGCAGGAUGGUGACGAUGUCGAUAACAAUGAUACUAUGGAAAGUGAAACUCUCAAAGCAGAGCAAUUACGUAUUAUAAAUCAGACAGCUAUUGAUUUAUUGAAGGAGCAGUUACGAGUUAGAGAAACAGAACAAGAUAGAUUAGGUACACCAGACUCCUAAAUUUCAAAACACAAGCACUAAUCAGUUU